UUUUACCUUUCCUUAAAUUUUUUCAGAUUUUUUUCUUGCCUUUUUAAAAGAAUGUUUGUGCCUUCUUCAUCUUCAAAUCAUUCCCCUAUUUUUGCCAAUUCUUCUUCUGGUCCAAAUUCGGAUUUUGUUGUUUCUGCAACCGUUUGUCCAAGCAUUACAGCUGUUCAACAAGCAAAGUUAUGUCAGAAAAGAUGUUUACAAUGGAGGGAUAUAUUUUCUGAAAGAAUUUAUUUGGUUUGUAAUCAAAUCCACCCUGGAAUGGGACUUGAAAAGGAUGCUCAUCAAUAUAUUUCUGAAAUUUUGGCAAGAGUUUUGUAUGAAAUAUUGGAACAAGCCCCAACAAAUCCUGAAGAUUUAUUACAAAAAGUAAAGACUACAUUCCCUUUGGCAUUGGGAAAUUUUGUGGCGAAAGAGACUCGAGAUUCUGUUCAAAAUUUCUUCCUCAAACGCCUCAACCAAAGCAAAUCAAAAGAAGUUAAAUCUCUGGCUGCACUUUAUAGAAAAAUUUAUAAUGUAUCUAAAGAACAUUUGGGACAGAAAUUGGACGAAAAAACAGUUUCUCAAUUAAUGCAUGUUUUGGAAUAUAUUUUACAUGAUUUAUUAAAUUGGACAGGCACUUAUGUAAAUAAACUUCUCGAUGAAAGCAGUACAAUAAGUCUAUUUGGAUUAAGAACUGCUUUAAAUGCUGACAGAGGGCUAGCUGAUUUACUCGAAAUUCUUUAUGGAAAUGAAGAGGAAUUGUCUUUGGCAGGAGUUUUUACAAACACUACACAAUCUUCUCCAGCUGCACAUACACCGUCAAUAUCUUCCUCAAUUUCUGUUGACCAACAUGUUCAAGAAUCCGACAAAAGUCAAUAUUAUGAAAAGCUUUGUAAUGAAUUCAAACAAGACGAAAUGCGAUUCAUUCGUGACCUUAGCAUGAUCGUUAAUGUUUUUAAGCGUCGUUUGGAAGCAGGAAUAAUAGGAAGUUCUCCUUCUAAAGACAAUUAUAUUGCUGGAAUAUUUGGAAAUGUUCACGAAAUUUAUGAGCUUACAAUAAAAAUACAUCGAACAAUUGAGGAUGGAAUUGAUAUGGCAAGUCCCCCAUUGCUUGGAAUGGGACUUUGGGAAUUGGCAGAGGGGUGUGAAUUUGAUGUUUAUCUUCAAUUUAUGGAAGUUUUUAAAGAACCGCUAAACAAGAAAAUUGAAAGAAUGAUGAAAGAGCCCACUUAUUUGGAGUAUUUUGAUAUUGAAGAUAGAAUUUAUAGCGGCACUCCAGGCGGACAUACUUUCCGAAUGGCUGUUAAAUAUGUUUUACCUUCUUUACUUUAUUCUGUAAUGGCACAUUUUAGAUGUUAUGGGGAAUAUCUAAUGAUGGGUGCAACAGAACAAGAAACUGAUCAAAAAGACCUUUACAAUACAGCAAUUAGCGAAAAAUAUUCUCGAGGCAUUCGGCGUGACAAUACUCGGUCUUUUCAUAUGAAUGUUAUCCAACAUAUACAAAGAAGCAUUGAGGGCUGGGAAGGCAAAGAAAUUGGUUAUAUGUGUAAUAUGUUUAUAAGAGAAGGAGAACUUUUUCAGAUGAGAAAUUCACCGACAAUUGCAGAUAAUAUUCUCCGUACUCGAUCUAAUUGGACUGAAAGAUAUGUUUUUCUCUUUGAUCACUUGCUGGUUAUAUGUAAAUCGCUUAAAAACCACAACACAAAAGGAAAUGUUACUGGCAGUCAAUAUUUAUCUUCAACCUCUGCUUCAUACAAAUUUAAAGAUAAAUUAUAUAUUCGACGAUCAGAUAUAAUUGAUUUAGAAGACGAUGAUGAAGUAAAAAAUGCUUUUAAAAUAUGCACAACAGCAAAGGGGAGUAAUGACGAAUAUAUGAAUAUUGUGACUUUAUUUUGUCAAACACCUGAAGACAAGGAAGCUUGGAUGACUUCUUUGGUUGAAAUGCAGACUGCUGGCGUUUUGCAUCGCAUGUUGGAAGCUUAUUUAAAGGAAGAAGAGAAACGUAUUCCACUUAUUGUCCCUACUGUUUGUGAAUAUCGCUAUGCAGAGCCUGAUACAGAAGAGAAUAUAAUUUUUGAAGAUUAUACCCAUAAUAGUGGUAUUCCUGUUGUCCGUUCAGGCACAAUUUUGAAAUUAAUUGAACGUCUGACUUUUCCAAGAUACACUGAUAAUGAAUUUGUCAAGACUUUUAUGAUAACAUAUCGAUCAUUCUGUUCUUCAUCUGAACUUUUUUCUUUGCUUAUUGAACGUUUUACAAUUCCAACCCCACAUCCAUUUGCUUCAUUAGAUCCACAUAUGAGUGUUGUAUUAGCUACCCAACAUCAACAGAAUCGCACUUCUCCAGCUUAUCAAAGCCUUUCUCCGGCAGAAUUAGAGCAAGCAUUUCACCGGUUUCGACAAGAAUAUCAAAAACCAAUUCAACUCAAGGUUUUGAGUGUUUUAAAUCAUUGGGUCAGUAAUCACUUUUAUGACUUUGAAAAUGACCCCGAUCUCCUACAAAAACUUGUUGACUUUCUUAACGGCAAAGAUACUACAAUUAAAUUGACAACAAAUCACAAAAAAUGGUGUACUAAAAUUCAAGAUGUAAUUAAAAGAAAGCAACGUAAUUCAAGUUCUGCAGACGGAACUUUACAAAAACCAACAAACAAUGACAGUUUACAAGUUGGAGGUACUGAUGGUUUUGCUCCUAAUAUUCCAGAGCCCGUUUGGCACUUUGCAAAAGAAGGCGAUAUCGCUAAUUAUGAUAUGCUGACACUCCAUCCAUUAGAAAUUGCAAGACAAAUUACUUUGCUUCAUUUUAGUCUUUAUCGUGCUAUUAAACCUUUUGAAUUAGUGGAUGCUGCUUGGACAAAACAAGACAAAUACCAAAGAAGCCCUCAGCUUCUCAAAUUUAUUGACCACAGCACAAAUUUAACCUAUUGGGUGGCUAAAUCUAUAGUAGAAACUGAAUCUUUAGACGAGAGAGCCGAAAUGUUUUCUCGCGUUCUUGAAAUUAUGUUUGUUUUUGAAGAAUUGAAUAAUUUUAAUGGAUUAAUUGCUUUUUUCUCGGCUCUUAAUUGUCAGCCAGUAUAUCGUCUAGAGGAGAGCAAGUCGCGUCUUGAGAAGGAGAAAAAAUCUUGGUAUGAUCGUUUUGUUCAAUUAUGUGGUGAUGGACAUUUAAGUGAAUUAUUACAUCGUCUUCGUUCAAUAAAUCCACCGUGUACUUAUUUGACUCAAAUUGUUCUUCGCUUGGAAAGUCUUAAACAACUAGAAAAUCGUGAUAACAAGGCAAACCAACAAAAACAACAAAAUGCCUCUCCAAAUACUGAUCAACAUCCGAAAACUGAUGUCUCUACACCAGAAACUGAAUCAGACAAAAAUUCAUCCCCACGAUUGCCCCAAAAAUCCAAGACCAAUGAACGCCUAAACGUCUCUCAAAGAAUUAUUUCCUUUGUUAAAUGUCGCAAAAUUGCUGCUAUAAUCCGUGAAAUUCAAAUGUAUCAAAACCAGCCUUACCCACUGAAAAUGGAACCGACAAUUCGGCACUUCUUCGAAUCUAUCAACCCUCUCAAUGGCUUUAAAGACAAAGACGAUUUUGAGGAAUACCUGUACAAUAGGUCUAGCAAAAUUGAACCAAAAAAUGGAGAAAUACCUAAUCCGAAGCCCAAACAUUCACUUGAGGCUUUGAAGUCGCCAGGAGUUCGACAACAACAAAAAACUCCAACCAGCGCAAAUGCACCUAGCGCUACACCAACCCAGCUUCGAGCAUCAAAAAGCUCUACCAAAUCUUCUGUUUCAUCACCACGAUCUCCAAACCAACCUGGAACAACGGAUAGCGGUAGUGGCAAUUUACUCUCACCAUCACAUAUGAAUGUCCCGUUUUGGAGCAGCCCACCUUCCGGUUCUUCGACUAAUUCCCCAGCUUCUUUAAUGACUACAGAAGAUCAAAACUUUGCUGUUGUUGAUAUAAAUCCUGGCCAGUUCCCUCGUUGGUUAGCUGAUACAACUAGCAGUGGACGUGUCAAUCCAGCAUUCAUUUCCGAAUAUGUACCAAGUGCUGCAGCAGCCGCAAUGUUGCCUUCAGCCCUCUCACACAGCUCCAACGAAUCACCGCCACUUUCAUCAUCUCCAGGCGUUAAUUCCUCCACCUAUCCUCAUAGUAGGAGAAAGCCGCCUGUCCCUCUAUGUAUAGGUGAAUCUCAUUUUACCUUUCCACCACCGCUUCCACAACAACAACACCCUCAAUUUGGAGGAACUUUUCGUAAACCUCCAGCACCACCUCCACAACACCAUCAAAAUAUUCAACAUCAUCAAUCAAGUGAAGAACCAAGUCCAUCUUUUCUUUCGCCAACAUCUGCUUUUCCUUUGGCAAAGCCGCCAUCUGCUCGGAAGAAGUUGCCUUCAGAAGGUUCUCAAGGUGAAGUUGGCGAUGAAAAAUCUUCGGUGGAUUCUCCAGUUGAACUUCCUCCAAAAUUGCCUCCUCGUUUAAAUUUAUUAACUAAAGAAGCAUCAACAGAGGCAACAGCUCCCCCAAGGCCUCCUAAAAAACUUGCAGCAUUAAAUUCAGGCAAAAGUCCAACAUGUGAAAACCAACAAAAUUUAUCAAUUUCAUCAACAACAGCUUCACCAUUUGAUUCUGAAGCAAUAGCUCCACCAUUGCCUCCAAAACCAAAAGGAAUGAAAAAGUGA